AUGAAGAACAUCGCCAUUGCCUCCCUCUUUGUUGCUUCGGCUUCAGCCUUCCCUUGGGUCGUCAACCAGCCUGGUGUUGACAGCUCCGCUCUUGGAGCAUCACACAAGGUCAGACGUCAGCAAUCUGGCGGCAACCAGAAGGGUGGCCCUGCUACCUGCCCUUUCAAUGCCAACCACCAGGGCGCUGCACCAUACAACCCGAAGUACCCAUACAACGGUGCUAAGAACGGAGCUCCUGGCAAGGGUAUCGGUGGUUACCAGGUGCCUGCUGAUGGUGACACUGCUCACCAGUAUGUUGCCCCCGGACCCAACGAUAUCCGUGGACCCUGCCCUGGUCUGAACGCUGCUGCCAACCACAACUUCCUCUCUCACGAUGGUAUUACUACCUUCACCGAGCUUGUCGACGCUCAGCAGAACCUCUACAACGUCGGCUACGACUUGGCUAACCUGCUUGCCGCUCUGGGUCUUACCUUGACUGACGGUGAUCUUGUUACCGAGAAGCUGUCCAUUGGUUGUGAUGCUACCACCCGCACCUCGUUCUCGCCUGUCCUCACAGGAUCUGAGCCUGGUCUUGAUGGCCACAACAAGUUCGAGGCCGACUCGUCCCUCACCAGAAACGACUACUUCCUUGCCGACGGAGACAACUACUCCUUCAACGGUACUCUCUUCGGCAUGAUGCAGGACACUUGCCAGGGCAACUUCAACCGCGAGAACCUCUCCAAGUACCGCCUGCAGCGCUACACCCAGUCCCGCGAGGAGAACCCCAACUUCUUCUUCGGUCCUCUGACCCUUCUCCUGUACGGAGCCUCCUCGUUCCUGUACACUCUCAUGCCCAACGGUAACCACAACUACGCUCCCGACCUCGAGACCAUCUCUUCCUUCUUCGGUGCUCAGCAGAAGUCCGACGGAACCUGGGAGUUCAACGGCGGUGAACGCAUUCCCGACAAGUGGACCAACCGUGUCACCCCUUACUCCAACUCCGACGUCACUUCUGAGAUUCUCGCUCAGUACCUUGAGAACCCCGUGCUCUUCGGUGGCAACACUGCUGAUGGCACUUUCGAUGCUAUCAACUUUGGCGCCAUCAAGGAUGGCAAGCUCGAGGUUGGUGUCAGCGGCACCAACACUGCUUGUCUCCUUUACCAGCUUGUUACUGGUCCCGUCCCCUCGUACCUCAACGGCAUCGUAACCCCUACUGUUGACGCACUCAACUUCAUCUCCAGCAAGGUUGCUCCUCAGUUCAAGAACCUUGGCUGCCCUCUUGCCCUUACCUAA